AUGAAAAAAAUUACCUACACAAAGUUCCAAGGCUACUCCUGCUUUUCUCUUCAGGGCCGUUUAUUUGUCUCAGAGAAUAGCGUUGUGGCUGCUGGCCAUGACUGCUGCACAAUGCUCUUUAACUACAAUGACCGCGGCUGCUUGACCUUUGUGUCCAAGUUAGACAUUCCAAAACAGAGCAUCCAGCGCAACAUGUCUGCCAUGGAUCGUUUCUGCAACAAGGACAAGAGGGCCACGACCAAGGACGGCAAUACAGCCCUGGAGACGCUGCACCGGAAUAGCAUCACUCAGGUGUCUACUUAUGAGAUGGACAAGCAAGAUUGUCGCAAAUUUUGCACUACUGGCAUUGAUGGAGCAAUGACAAUUUGGGAUUUCAAGACCUUAGAAUCUCCUAUCCAGGGCCUCCGGAUAAUGUGA